AUGUACAAGCUUCUAUCGGACCAGGCACUGUGUCUUGGAGAUGCGUGGGUCCCAAUUUAUCUGGUGCCAGUGGAUUUUGAACCGGAGCAUUUCGAAACGGCCAUGGCGCAUUUGAUUCGCGAGCCGAACAUCAACUCGACAGUGAUUCUUCGCGCAGAUAUUUUGCUGGAAACAGUAUUUGGCGACGAUGGAAAGGUGAAGGAGAGCCGUACCUUUUCGCCCGACCUUCCAGAAGCAAAGGAAAACGGGGAGACGUCUGAACAUCAGCAGGUUCCAGAAGGCCUGAAGACGCAGAAAAAAGAAAAACCAAACGCCGAGACUGAAGAGCCUCAAAAGCACCAUGAACAGGACAAGAAACAACCGGAAGACGCGAUGCUUCGUGACCGGGAAACUGCCGACACAAACGCAGCGGGCGAAACCGCCUCGCCUCGCCUUCUAUGCCGCGAUUUGAAUGAUACGCAGCCGCGCGCCGUGGAUCUUUCGGGCGCACAAGUGGCACUUUCGCCUGCUGUAGUGUCUGUCCGCCGCAUAAUUCCGCGCAACCCGUACAAAGACCAUAUUCUCAAUCAAACGUGCGCGGUGCACAAGGGCGAAAACGCUGUUCUUGUGGUUUACAUCGCCCACAUUUCGAGCGCAGACGAAGUGCCCUUUUAUUUGCCGCCCGUGGCUGCAGUGGGCAUUUUGUAUUGCCAAGGCGAGCUCUCGAUCCAUUACGUGCCAUUUCUGCUGGGCACAGAAGGAGCCGCAGAACAGUCUGGAGCGGACGAGACUCCGGCGUGGCGCGACUUUGUGAGCGACGAAAGCUCGCGCCCCAUGCGUAUUGCGCUUAGGCUCCUCCAAACGCUGGCCAAGCAUUCUCUGGGCGCGCGCGCAGGCUACUCCAAGCGAGUUCAGCAUGACCUAGUGGUGCCGCGGGUGGCCUUUCAGAACAGAUACAUUGCGCUCAAGAGAAAGUAUCUGGCGACACUUGUGGCGUCUUGGGUCGAGAGCACAGACCCGAAAAAACACGUGUUUGAGGAUUUGGCUGUGGCGGCGUUUUUGAUUGAGUUGUGGGCGCGCCGUUUUCCUGGCCGUGACUUUGAGUUCCGCGACUUGGGCUGCGGCAACGGCCUUCUUGUGCACAUUUUGAUUCUGGAAGGCUUCCGCGGGAAGGGCAUCGACGCACGCGCGCGCAAGUCGUGGAAGACGUAUCCGCCCGCAGUGCAGGCGAAUUUGCUCGAGCAAAUUAUCGUGCCCAGCGUUUUGCUCAAGCCUCACCCGGCGGUGGCACGCAUGGCGCCCUACAUGCGCGACAAUGGGCGCUUCUUUUCUGUGCCCGAGGCUGGCGCGCGCGGCGUGCCUCUCAUGAAAUACUACUCAGCAGCAAAUUUGCUUGAACUGUCCAAGGUAUGCACCACUGAAGAGUUUCCUAGCAACACGUUUCUCAUUGGAAACCACCUGGACGAGCUCACGUGCUGGCUCCCUCUUUUGGGUUUUCCCUUCAUGGUGAUUCCGUGCUGUUCGCACGCAUUGAGUGGCGCCAAAGCGCGCUUCCGCCCUCGAAAAGUGCACAAGCCGGAGACGGGCGCGGCCCAAGGCGAUGGCGCAGAUGAUGCCGAGAAAAAGGGCGCGGAUAAAGAGUGCGGUAAGAAUAAGGGCGGAAAGAAUAAGGGCGUGCCGCAAGUGGGGCUGUCUACAUAUGCUGCUUUGGUCGACCAUGUCGAUGACUUGGCAACGCAAAUGGGUUGGGUCGUGGAAAAGGAGACGUUGCGUAUUCCCAGCACGCGAAAUGCUGCCAUCAUUGGCAUAGAUAGAAACGAGCAGUUUGCCAGCGAAAGACCCGACGAGACUGAGAUGCGCGUCAUUGACAUCUUGGCUACUGAGGGCGGAGCAGAGGGCUGGGUUGAGAAUCUGAUGGCACUCAUGAAGAAGAAUCCGAAGAACCACUAG